CCCGACGCCCAGCCCGACGCCCAGCCCGACGCCUGUCGGUCCCGCCGCGGGCGGCACUGGAGGCGCGGCUGCCACAGGUGACCCACACUUGCAGAAUGUUUACGGUGAAAGGUUCGACUUGAUGAGGCCUGGCAAGCAGGUCUUGAUUCACAUUCCACGGAAACAGCAUGUCGAAAACGCCCUCCUUCGUGUAGUGGCUGACGCGCAACAACUGGGCGGACACUGUUCAGACAUGUAUUUCCAGGAACUGAAUAUCACAGGGGCGUGGGUCGAUGCGAAGCGGACCGGCGGUCUUCAUUUUCACGCACAGGACGUGGGCGAAAUGACACCGACGUGGGAACCUUUUGGGAAGAUUGAUUUAAAGGUGGCUCAUGGUCGCACGCAGCAGGGUACCCAGUAUUUGAACUUCUACGUCAGGCACCUCGGGCGCGCUGGGUUUGAGGUGGGAGGGUUGUUGGGAGAAGAUGAUCACACGGAGGCAGCGACGCCUUCGGCGGCGUGUGAUCGGCGCCUUUCUCUGCUUCAGAUGUAG